CCCGGCGACUGAUUGGAGGGCUUGUUUUGUCACAAGCGGCGCCUCCGAGCCGCUGUUCCAUGGCGGGCGAUGCCGUCCGAGGGCCGCUGCUGGGAGACCCUACAGGCGCUGCGCAGCUCCGACAAAGGUCGCCUGUGCUACGACCGCGACUGGCUUCUGCGGGGCGAGGAUGUGUUGGAAGAAUGUAUGUCUCUUCCCAAGCUGUCUCCUUACUCCGGAUGGGUGGUCGAUCACGUUCUACCCCACACGCAAGAGAACCCACCUGGCUCUGAGACUUCACCCACCUCUGGACCCGCCUCAGCCCUAGACCCACCCCCGUCCGUUUCCAGGUCUUCUGUCAGAAGCUCUGCCUUCUCCUCAGCCUCCCCCACGACACCAGAGGGGGUCCAGGACAAACCUGAGUCCCAGCAUCCAGAAUGUAUAGCGCUUCAGUCCUCCCGGGGGAUCCAAGUCGAAGGAUGCAUCCGAAUGUACGAACAGGUGCACAGAAUGAAGGGAGCGGAGGGCCUGCGGCAGUGGCAGGAGGAGCAAGAGAGGAGGGUGCGCGCCCUCUCGGAGAUGGCCUGUGAGCAGCUGAAGCGCUUUGACGAGCGGAAGGAGCUGAAGCAGCACAAGGAGUUCCAGGACUUACGGGAAGUGAUCGAGAAGAGCGCCAGAGAAGCCCUGGGGCACCAGGAGAAGCUAAAAGCUGAGCAUCGGCACAGAGCCAAGAUCCUGAACCUGAAGCUGCGGGAGGCAGAGCAGCAGCGGCUGAAGCAGGUGGAGCAGGAGCGGCUGUGGAGGGAGGAGGGCCAGGUCCGCCUGCGCAGCCUCUACUCCCUGCAGGAGGAGGUGCUGCAGCUCAGCCAGCAGCUGGACGCCUCGGACCAGCACAGGGACCUGCCCAACGUCGACCUGGCCGCCUUCCGGACCCGAGGCAACCAGCUGUGCAGCCUCGUCUCGGGCAUCAUUCGGGCCUCCUCAGAGAGCGGCUACCCUACAGCAGAGAACCAGGCUGAGGCUGAGCAAGCCCUGCAGGAAAUGCGUGACCUCCUGGUGAACUUGGGGCAGGAGAUCACCAGAGCCUGCGAAGACAAGAAGCAGCAGGAGGAAAAGGAGGCCCAGGCCAGACUGCAGGAGUCACAGAUGCACCAGGGCCAGGAGGCCCACAAGGAGUCGGCGGCUCCCAGCCAGGGCCCAAGAGACAAACAGCAUGGAGCCCUCCAGGUGAAGGUGCAAGACAGUACAAUGCAGUGGUACCAGCAGCUGCAGGAGGUGUCCUCUCAGUGCGUGAGGGCCUUUGAGGGCCUGACCAGCAGCAAGGACAUCCAGGCCAAGAAGAUCAAGAUGGACCUCCAGAAGGCUGCCACCAUCCCUGUGAGCCAGAUCUCCACCAUUGCAGGCUCGAAGCUGAAGGAGAUCUUUGACAAGAUUCACAGUCUGCUCUCUGGAAAACCCGUUCAGUCUGGUGGGCGCUCUGUAUCCGUCACACUCAACCCACAGGGGCUGGAUUUUGUCCAGUACAAACUGGCAGAGAAAUUUGUGAAACAAGGCGAGGAGGAAGUGGCCUCUCACCACGAAGCCGCCUUCCCCAUCGCGGUGGUGGCCUCAGGGAUCUGGGAGCUCCACCCCAGGGUGGGGGACCUCAUUCUUGCUCAUCUACACAGGAAGUGCCCUUACUCCGUCCCCUUCUACCCGGCUUUCAAGGAGGGAAUGGCUUUGGAGGACUAUCAGAGGAUGCUUGGCUACCAGGUGAAGGAUUCCAAGGUGGAACAGCAGGACACCUUCCUCAAACGCAUGUCUGGGAUGAUCCGUCUCUAUGCCGCCAUCAUUCAGCUCCGGUGGCCGUACGGAAACCGACAGGAGACGCACCCUCAUGGUCUAAAUCAUGGCUGGCGCUGGUUGGCACAGAUCUUGAACAUGGAGCCCCUGUCCGAUGUCACAGCCACUCUUCUCUUUGACUUCUUGGAGGUGUGUGGGAAUGCCCUCAUGAAGCAGUACCAGCUCCAGUUCUGGAAGAUGAUUCUUCUCAUCAAGGAGGAGUACUUUCCCAGAAUUGAAGCCAUCACAAGUUCAGGCCAGAUGGGCUCCUUCAUACGCCUCCAGCAGUUCCUUGAGAAAUGUUUGCAACGCAGGGAGAUUCCUGUUCCCAAGGGCUUUCUGACUUCCUCCUUCUGGCGCUCCUGACGUCACUGGUCACCCACCGUCGCCAUGGUGUCACAGAGGCACCGAAUAAAGCCAGGAAGACAGCGGAUGUGAGAGCAGUCAUGUCCGACUCGGACAUUUGUCAGUGUGGGUUUCUGUGUGGAUUUGUACCUUGUGACAAGAUGAGAGGAGAGAUCUCCACGAAUCGCCAACCCUCGGCGUCCCUUAGUGCCGCGGUAGCUCCUGCGGCGUCGCGUCAGAGCGGCUGCUUUCCCCAGACGUCCGAGGAGAGGAGUGUGGCCCAGGUCUCUUCCCUCAUAGUUACCUUUUUUAAAGUGAGUAACACGUGAUAGCCAUUGCCCUCUGACCUGAGGGCGCCCGGGGCCCUCCCCGGCCUCACCUCCCUCGCCCACCCGCGUCGGACCUGAGCCCAGUGCUCUGGUGCAGGUCUGGGUCCUGGCGGCUUUGCCUCUCAGCUCGUGGGGUCCCAGCGCAGGGGGCAGGGGCGAUGGGCGUGGCUGAGUCCCAGGUUGUGCCGGGAUCCCUCGCGUCAGAAGCCCGCGUGAUGUUGAGCUGAGGCUCUCGUUGUCCUCUUCACUUGGAUUUUCAUCCCUGGGUGGCCAGGGAUGCCUGACCCUGGGCAGGCGCUUUUUGUUUUGUUUUUCAGCUUGAAUUAAGGUGACCGAGAUGGGGCUUGCAACAGUCCCUGAGCUGACCAUCCAUAAGCAACGAAUCAGGGCUAAGUAAAGAGUUAGAGACGAAUCCAGCGCUGCUUUGUCGUGUUUUACAUGUUUGUUGAUUUUCUCCUGUAAAGCCGCUGCUGAAAUCCAGAGUUUGGCUGUUCGGAUCAGUGUUGAGACUGGUUUUAUGGAAAAACUCAUUCUCUUUCAUGUUGCACAGGUCUCUGGGCUCCGGGCUCCAUGGAUUGGGGGAAAUGUUCAUUUGUGGGGGAGCGGUCACUGGCAUGCAAGGGGCAUGAAGUGGCCCAUUUUACGAAUUGUCGACUACUGUGCCCAGAAAUAAGUAAUAAAGCUUGACUUGUCAAACA